CCAUGACAUAACGUCCUAAUCUGUAAUAAAUAAUACACAGUAACUAUAGAAGCUUUGGUCAAAGCGGUUUCGUAAUUUCUACGCGAAUUGCUCGAAAUUUGAUCGCGCGAUACCACCACCAGCACGGCAGCGCCACUAGCAGCAGCAGUUGAGGUAGGGAAAACCAAUGGGGAAGAAGAGCAAAGGUUCGGAUCAUCCAUGCUUGCAGAAGUACGGCGUCCCAUUCUUCGGAGCUGCCUUUGUUCCUUACAAGGAAGUCAGAUCCAAGCUCUCCAAUCUUCAAGAGGAUCACCGUGAUUCCUCUACCGAUGAGAUUUCCGACGAUAAAUCAGCCGCUGUGUCGGGUACGUCCGAUCACGGAAACUACGUCGUUUUGGCAGGUGGAGGUGGCGAAGGUCACAGCGGGAUCCCUAACUCCAUUAUCCUCGCGAGGUUCGACUUCGAUUCAAAUUCUCUCUCGGCACAGCCGGUGGCUAAGCUUGGACUUGGUUCGGAUUGUCCAUAUAGAAUGGUUGUUCACCCAGGUGGAGAUGGUAUUAUUUGCGCAUUGUCAAAAAGUUGCAGAUUGAUUGAGUGGGAUGAGGUCAAGAGUGCUGAAGACCACAAACUUGUGUUGAAAGCAUCAGAUAAAGUGCUCACCCCGCUAGAAGACAUUAAGCAGCAGUUAGCAUUGGCGUUUAACGCUGAGGGUUCUAUACUUGCUGUUGGUGGAGAGGAUGGAAAUUUAAGGGUUUUUAAGUGGCCUGGUAUGGAAGUUCUUCUCCAUGAUGCUCAAGCUCAUUCUUCUGUGAAGGACUUGUCUUUCAGCCCUGAUGGAAAAUUUCUCAUCUCCUUGGGAAGGGGUGGCCCUGGUAGAGUUUGGGAUGUAUCGUCAUCGACAGUAGUGGCUUCUCUACAAAAGGAAAAUGAUGAAGUCUUUGCCUUUUGCAGAUUUUCACAGAGCGAUGGUGGGCAUCAUGUUCUAUACACUGCUGGAGUAAAAGGACAACGUGGAAGUAUUGUCUCUUGGAACACAACAUCAUGGAAGAGAAUGGGCUCCAAACAAGUCGUUCGCGAUCCCAUAUCCUCCUUCAAUGUUUCAUCUGACGGAAAGCUCCUUUCAGUUGGAACAAUUGAAGGAGACAUCUUGGUAAUAAAUUCAAGGAACAUGCAAGUUCAAAAUCUAAUUCGAAAAGCGCAUCUUGGAAUGGUUACGACAUUAGCAUUUACUAAUGAUUCAAGGGCUUUGGUGUCUGCAUCUAUGGAUUCAAGUGCAAGAGUAACGGUGAUUGAGGAAAAGAAAAGCGGAGGUCUAAGCAUGUGGGUCAUCAUGUUCAUUUUAUUUGCAAUAGCUGUGUAUUUCCUGAAGCAAGAAGGAAUCCUUCCUCAGCUGUUAGAGAAGACUGGCUGCACUAUACAAAUGUGAAUAUCUUGGCCUUUGUAUGUUCCAAGAGGACCAAGACAGUUACAUGAACAACGAUAAGACAAAUGAGAAGAUAAUACUUGGAAGUUAAGGAUACUUUUUGAUCGAACAUGGUUACAUUGUUUUUGUGCUGGACUGCGCUUAGCUGAUGAAGACAGCUCAAUUUACCCAUGACUAAGGGGGCGCAUAUCUGGACUCUGGGCCUGGCGUGUAUUGGUACAGUCGAAUAAAUUAUUGGAUGAGAGACGUUAAGCUAGAGGUGUAAAGUGGGCCGGCCCAGCCCGAUAUGGCCCAAACUCUUCGUGGGCUGGGUAGGCCCGUGAACCUCAAAUCCUUAGGCCCGGCAUGUUGGGGCCCAAGGGCUUGGCCUGCGGGGCCCAGCCUUUUUUAUAAACAUUUGAGAUAAUUGUGUUAGGCAAGUGUCAGUCCCCCUGACCUCAUCUAAUCAAUUAUUAGAUGAGAGAGUUUCGGCUA